CAUCAACAACGUAAACUGACGGCUAGCCAUGUCGAUGCCUUUGUCCCUCUUGCUUUCCUUGCUUCUUCUAAUUUCCUGCAAGUACUGGCAGCCAAGCGUGUCGAGAAUGGAACCCUACUCGGCGAAGAAAGAUGAUGAUGCAGCUCUUCCUGCCAAGGCUCCGGAGGCGCCUAAUAAUAAUAAUAAUAAUAAUAAUGGCCCAAACGACGACGUCCCUCGCGGAAUCCCAGUGGCGGGCAUAGAUGAUUAUGAGUAUCCAGUCUGUUGGAGUGAUGAUGAUUGCCAGUCAAUCCUGCCCUGCAAAGAUGGCACAAAGGCCCGUUGUUCCGAUGAGGGUGCCACCUGCGUCUGUCUUCCUUAAUUAGUUCCGGCGGAUUCGAUCGAUCUCUCCAUUAAAAUCUACGUACGUCG